AUGGCCAAGCUCUUGCUAAAGUUCCAGAGGUAUUUUCGGCGGAAACCCAUCCGGUUCUUCACGUUGAUUGCCCUCUACUUGACCGCGGGGAGCCUGGUGUUCCUCCACGCUGGCUUCUCCAGGGAGACCAGGGUCCCCGAGAAUGGCCCCACUUCCAACGGCGGUGCUGGAGACGGGACAGAGUCCCAGUAUCUGGGAGCGCUUCAGCUGGGCAGGGAGUUUAAGGACAUGCCGGAAUCUUUGACCCCUGGCCGAAGGUACGGGUCAUGGUUUAAGAACCCUUCCAAGGAUGCAGCUGGCAGGAGCAAAGUCCGGGAUUAUGGAGGAGCAUGGAACAGAGCUCUCAAGGGGAGGACUGUCCGAGAAAAGGAGGAAGACCGAGCAAAAUACAUCGGCUGUUACGUCGACAACACCCACCGGAGAGUCCUCCGUGGAGUGUCCUUCUUUGACUACAAAAAAAUGACAUUGUUCCGUUGCCAGGACAACUGUGCCGAACGGGGCUACCUCUACGCCGGGCUGGAGUUUGGGGCCGAGUGUUACUGUGGGCACAAAAUGCAGGCCGUGAACGUCAGCGACUCGGAGUGCAACAUGGAGUGCAAGGGCGAGAAGAGCAGCGCUUGUGGAGGAGCGAACCGGCUGUCCAUCUACCGCCUGGAGCUGGCCCAGGAGUCUGCGCGGAGGUACGGCAGCGCCAUCUUCCGCGGAUGCUUCCGCCGGCCGGAGAACGUUUCCUUGGCACUGCCGGUCAGCAAGGUCAUGUGGAACAUGUCUGUGGACCGAUGCGUCGACUUCUGCAUGGGGAAGGAAUUCCCCCUGGCGGCGCUGGCCGGGACGUCCUGCCGCUGCGGCUUCCCCACCACGCUCUUCACUUUGCAUGAGCGAGAAGACGAGCAGCUGUGCGCCCAGAGAUGCAGCGGCGAAGAGUUCGAGAGCUGCGGCACCUUCAAGUAUUUCAUCGUGUACCAGACCCAAGUCCAAGACAACCGGUGCAUGGACAGGAGGUUUCUGACAUCUCGGGCCAAGCAGUUCGUCGCCCUGGCGAGCUUCCCUGGGGCAGGGAACACCUGGGCCCGGCACCUCAUCGAACUGGCGACCGGCUUCUACACGGGCAGCUACUACUUCGACGGCUCUCUUUACAACAAAGGGUUCAAGGGCGAACGGGACCACUGGCGGAGCGGCAGGACCAUUUGCAUCAAGACUCACGAGAGCGGGCAGAAGGAGAUCGAGGCCUUCGACUCUGCCAUCUUGCUGAUCCGGAACCCCUACAAAGCUCUCAUGGCCGAGUUCAACCGCAAGUACGGCGGCCACAUCGGCUUUGCUUCGCACGCCCACUGGAAAGGAAAGGAAUGGCCCGAGUUCGUCAAGAACUACGCCCCCUGGUGGGCGACGCACACGCUCGACUGGCUGAGGUACGGCAAGCACGUCCUGGUGGUCCAUUUCGAGGACCUGAAGCGAGACCUCUUUGCCCAGCUCAAGAGGAUGGUCAGCCUGCUGGGCAUCGCUGUCCUCGAGGACCGGCUGCUGUGCGUGGAGGGCCAGAAGGACGGCAACUUCAAGCGCUCCGGGCUGAGGAAGCUGGAGUAUGACCCCUACACCCCGGAGAUGAGGCGAACGAUCAACGGGUAUAUCAGGAUGGUGGACGAGGCUCUGAAGCGCAGGAACCUCACGGGCGUGCCGGAUGACUAUUAUCCGAGAUGA